AUGACCUCCACCUCUAGGCUAGCGCAUACCUGUGACCAAGGUUCGCAACUGCCUGUCGACUUCAACAAGCUCAAGUUUAUUGCACAUGGUACAUCCGGCGUCGUCUACGCCAUUGACGAACAUCGCGUCUUGAAGGAGUACUACGAUGCUGAGGACGGCGCUGAGGAGCGCAAGGCCCUGGACCGACUUGGCCCGCAUCCCAACAUCAUUGCAUACUACGGCAAUGCGGAUCAAAAAUCGAUCGUUCUUGAGCGCGGCAUACCCUUGCUGUCGCUGAGCGGAACAUCGGACAUUCGGAUGCAAGACCGCGAGGCCUGGAUCAAAGACCUGGCCGAAGGGUUGCUGCACAUUCACAAACACAAUAUCGUUCACGGUGACGUUGGCUGUGAAAACAUGGUCCUUGUCAAAAACAGGGUAAAGAUAAUUGAUUUUGAAGGCUGCGCGAUGGAUGGAAAAGACGGCACCGCAGCAUACAAGUGGCACAACCGACGGGACUUGUCGGUGGACACGAAGAGCGACAUCUUUGCGUAUGGCUGCGUCGUCUACCAGAUUCUCACAGGCAAGACGACCUUGUUCGAGCUGGCCGAGGUCGCCGAUCGCGACAAGGUCGCGCGGCGCCUCUGGUCCGAGAAACGAUUUCCGGACGUUCGGGGCCUGCGCUUGGACAGCGUGAUGCUCGGUUGCUGGUCUGGGGAGUUGACCUCGAUGGAAGACGUCGUUGCCGCACUGGACUCGGCGUCGCGUCCGCGGGGCGUAUUUGGAAGGGCGGCCAGUCUUUAUCGCUGGCUAGUCAGCUUUCUUACGUGA